GGAAAAUGUGAGGUGAAUAAGCUUAGUUUUGUUUUGCUUACACUUCCUUUAAGAAACUCUUCUUUUUGUUUGGUAUUUAAUUGUGUUCCUACCGAUAAUUUUCUGUUCGACAUGUCACUUUUUGGUAUUAUUGUCAGUGGUCGAUUGGUACAAACAGAUUUCCAACCUGUUGAUGCUGGUAAAUUUUUAAUAACCAUACCUAGUCCUGAGAGUAUCAAUCACAUUGUUGUCUUCCUUACCGGUGCUCAACCUUUGCCUCUUGAAGUUGGUGCCAGUGUCUAUUUUUCAUGGCCUGAUCCAAUUAGCCCACCUACAUGGCAAUACUUGGGUUACAUUUCAAAUGACAAACCAUCGGCCAUAUUCCGUAUAACCAAAUUGAAAACCUCAACACCAUCUAAUACAUUCGGAUUUUCCCAGCCCAUAGUAGCUCAAUAUGCUCAGAUUGGUAUUUCUUGUGAACCUCUGGCUCAAAUUCAACAAUUAACUGCCGACAUCUCAGUUAAUCCCACUGCUGCGGACUCUGUACUCACCUAUGCUGCUAAAACCGCCGAGAAUUUAUUUAAUUAUACUUGUUCAUUUGCUCGGACUCUUCUUACAGACACUAAUGAACAGUUUGUACCCCUCUCUAUUAUUCAUCAAUGGUAUCAGAACUUCAUGAGAAGACUGGAACAGGAUCCAACGUUUAUGAAAGGAUAACCACAUCUCCAUUUGCCUUCCAUUUUAACAAAAAUUACUCAACUAUUGUACAAAUUGUUUCUAAGUUGGUCUAUACCUCAACUUAUUCAGUAAAACUCAUUGAGCUAAAUCUGUAAAGAUUCACUUUACUUGAAUUUCAUUAUUCAUGCGACGGCCUUGUAACGAUCUCAAAAUCAAUUCAUUGGAUUGUUAUUAUUUUGUACGGGACGCAUCAAUUCAAUUCAUGUUAAUGAACAUGUAUUUCUUUUUCAUUGGUGCUUAAUUCUAACAACAUAAUGCAUGUAUGCUUAGAUUAAUAUAGACUGAUUAAAAUUCAUUGAACUUGAA